UAUGGAGAAAGCUAAUAUAGAAAGAUUCAAGUGUUCUGCAAGUUUUGGAGAUGAUGUUAACCCUAUGAGUGAAGGGCUCCAUACGCAGGAAGGAUUCUAUCAGAAAAAUAACAACUCAGAUGACAGCAAUAAUAUACAUAUAUCUGAGAUAGGUAAAUUUCCUUACCAAAUGAGAGAGGCUAAAGGCUCAGAGAUCUCUCCAGAUAGCUCCUCUAAGCUAGGAUCAGAGCCUUAUAUUCAGGAAGAGAGUCAGAUUCUUGAUUUGAAAGUAAAUAACCAGAAUUUCGAAGAGAUUAAGGAAGAAUACUACCAUAAUGAGCAAGAAGAAGUAUAUUAUGAAAAAGCUCCUGACUUUGCUCCUGAAAGUAGGAAACACUCGGUCAACACAGAGGAUAUCAUCCGUCAAAAAUGCAAUGCUAACAGAACUCAUGAACGAAACACGCAGGAUGGAUUCCAACCCACUGAGAAUAUUCAAAUGGAGAGUUAUGAAUGAAAAACUCCUCUCCAAAUGUCACAUUCUGGUAUUGUCAAACUUAACGAGAAUCGCCCUGAGAGAUUUGUGGAUGACAAGGAAGAUUUCUCCCAAAAUCUAGACAAAUUUACUACAAAUACAGAGAAACUUAUGAAAUAUAUUCAUGAAAAUACUGACCGUGAGGAUCAGAAGUCUAAAUAUCAAGGUUAUAAGCCCAAGAUCAUUAUGUUCAAAAAGAAGAAGAAGUACGGAAAGGGACUAAAGAAUCCAGUCAGUGAGGCUAAAAGGUCAACUAUGAUGGCUGCUGGGAACAGCCGCUCCCAAAUAGAUACACAAGAGAAUCGCCUUCGAAAGGCGAUUUCUCCUCGCCAGUACGACAAAGUCUUAGGAAAGUAUCGUAAGAGUCAAAAGAGUGGCUCUAUAGCCAACUCUUUCAAGGAUACUAUCUCUUCAAAAACGAGCAAUGACGCAGCCAAGAUGGUAUUCGAGAAGGUCACCUUGAAGUUGGACCUUAACAAGACAGAUGAGAAGGAAUUUAUGUCUAAUUUUUACAAAGAAUAUGCUAAUAAUCCAUACAACAAGGAGAAAUCUUUCAUGGCAAGGAUGACCGAGGAUAUCUCUAAGCGUCAGCUAAAGGAGCAGAGGCUCAAGCAGGCUGAAGUCAAGUAUAGAAGGAGCAAGUACGGGUCUCUAAGUCGCGAAAGGGCCGAACAGUUAAGUGACAGAUUGUACAAAGAUGCACAUUCAAAAAUCCUUUCUCGUUCAAAAAUGGAAGGAAUGCAUAAAACUUACAGAGAUUUUCAUGAAAAAGGCCUUGACAAGUCAAGAUCUUUGAGCACAGGAAGGGCUGGAAAGAAAAAGAUCAAUCAGUUCUUACAACGUAUGAAGCACAAAGAUGAUGAAGCCAAGAAGCGGAUCUACGAUUUGCGCAAGGAAAAGACAUACACAGAGAACAGGAAGGUCGAACAGGUGCUUCACCAGAAUAUCAGCAGGGGAAAAAUGUCCAAACAUGACAUUGUCAAGCUCCAAAGGAAAUUUGAGAAAGACAUUGAGAAAAGGAAGAAAGAUUAUGAGAUCAGGCUAAAACUUAAGCAGAAGAGGUUUGAAGAUUCCAUUCAAGGGAUGUUCCAACCCCAAAUUGAUAAAUCGAAGAGAAGUCUUGAGAGCUCAAGAAAAGCAUAUUCUGAUGCACAUUCCGUUGCUAAUACAAUGGAAUACAGGAAGGACUUAGACGAAAAUAUUAAGCAGGCCUUCUCGUAUUUUAGAGAGGCAAAGAAUAUGAUGGAUCAGAGGUCUAGCUCUCAGAGAGCAAAAGUUAGACUUGAAAGAAGCUCUGACGGCAAGCAUAGCAAUAACUUACAGUUUGAGAAAUAUCUGGCCAAUACUCCAAAGGUGCAAAAUACUGAUUUGAGAUACUUCAGAGGGACUUCAAAGCAUCGAGGGAGUUCAUCUAGUAAGAGGAUUCGCGAUUAUGGCAUCAGAAACCCCAACCUCGAAUCAUCAGGAAAGAAGACUAAAUAAAAAGCUGCAGUUUACCGAUGAGAACUUUAACUACAGUAUCGGCUCGAAAGAAGAGGCUGCAGAGCAAUAUUUUAUAAAUAAUGGGUCUAAGAAUAGCCCAUUGAUGGGGUCACCCAACUUGAAGAUGUCUGACUUGAAAUAUUCACCAUCUAAAGCUAGAAAGAAGAGGAUAAAGAAGGCUCCAAAGCCUCCAAAAAGCAGAAGAGGGAGACAGAAUAGGGAUGAUAACAAUGGCCAAGUUCCCAAUUAUCUCAGUGCUACACAGAGUAGUCUCAGAGCAAAACGGGUCAAACAUGUUGUGUCUGAAACUAGAAGAAGUGGAUCCAUGACAGGCUCUUUCAGGAGUCAGAGAAGGUCUAAUAUUCGUAAUAAGAAGUCAGUUAUAUCUCAAAGUUCAUAUGAAGGAACCAAAGUUAGCAACUCUGUUAGUAGAAUUAAUAAAGCUAGGGCUACCUCAGAGAAUAAUCAAGAGAAUAGAAGAGGAUUCAAACUUAAUAUCUCAGAUAGAGAAAAAUAUGAAAAGUCGUUGAAAAAUUUUGAACAGUACAAACUUGAGAACGUAAAGAAGUAA